GACGUCAUUAUUGUUGGGAGCACGUUAAGCCCCGCCCACAAUCGGCGACGCUCUAACGCGCGAGCCUGUGGGGUUUUUUUGCACGGCGGUGGAUUGCGGAGUUUGACGGAUCGUGUUCGGGCUCGCGCGUGUUAAUGCGCCUAACAGGAGGCAGCUGAGUCGGGCAGUGGCUACUCGGGUCAGAUCUUUCCCCCCUCAAUCGCGGGAAAUAAACAUGUCGAGGAAUCAGAGGACGCCGCAGAAAAACACGGACAGUGUGGUCGAGGUAAAGAGCAAAUUUGAAGCAGAAUAUCGCCGAUUUGCGCUACAGAGGAACGGCACCGUCAGCUUCCAGGAGUUUUACCGGCUGCUGCAGAAUGUGCAUCACAUUCCAGGUGUUGAUGUGCUACUGGGCUACGCUGACGUCCAUGGAGACCUGCUUCCCAUCAACAAUGACGACAACUUCCACAAAGCGCUGUCUUCCGCCAAUCCUCUGCUGAGGAUUAUCAUUCAGAAGAGAGACGUGGACGAGCCUGUGGUAUUUGGCACAAACUCUCUGCAGAGAAGAAAAAAAGGUCUGAGGGUCAUCCAACAGAAGAGCAAAGCAGGUCUGUUGAUCGGCCUCCCACAGGACUUCCGCCAGAUCUCUUCCAUCAUCGAUGUGGACAUCCUGCCCGAGACACACCGUCGUGUGCGCCUGCACAAGCAUGGUACCCACAAACCUCUGGGCUUCUAUAUUCGUGAUGGCGUGAGUGUUCGGGUCACGUCACAGGGUGUGGAGAAAGUGCCGGGUGUCUUCAUCUCGCGUCUCGUUAAGGGCGGCCUGGCUGAGAGCACCGGAUUGCUCGGGGUCAACGAUGAGAUCCUAGAAGUCAAUGGCAUUGAUGUGGCUGGCAAGUCACUGGACCAGGUUACAGAUAUGAUGGUGGCCAACAGCCACAACCUGAUAGUGACGGUCAAGCCAGCCAAUCAGCGCAACAAUGUGGUGCACAAAUCAAAAACCUCAGCUGGCAACAAUUCUGCCAGCUCAGGAGGAUCCAUGCUUUCGCAGGACUCCAUUCCCAGUCCUGCCUCUCAAACUGUUAGCCAAUACAGUAACAGCAACAGCGUGAUGGAAGGGGACAGCGAUGAAGAUGAAUCCGACCUCAUUAUUGAGAGUGACAACCUGCCUGCCUAUACGUCACAUCAUCUGACCAAUGGAAAUGGCAUUGUUUCUCCGCUGGCUUCUUAUGGGCAGAGGCCUUUCCCUCAGAGCGUCUCAUUGCCUAGUACCAGCUCUAUGAGCUCGCACACCAGCAGCCCCAAUAAAACAAGCAGCAGCCAAGAAAGCAUGAGAGAGGAUGGCAACUUCAUCACAUUGUGAAACACCUCAUCAUAAUCUUUCUUAUCAUAUCAUACAGAACACACUCAUACACGUUUUUAUGCACAACUUAAACAAAGUGAAGGCUAAAUGUUUUAUGGUACUGUACCUUCUUUCACAAAACAUCGAGAUGAUGUUGAGCUCCCUAAGAACUCGCCCCACCAGUUGUUGUGGGGGUGUGAGCAUAGUGGAGAUGAUGAGGGGGAAACCUCAGUGUGUGCACAUCACCUCAUGGAAGUGCCUUAUGGACUUACGGUGUAAUUUUUAUCGAAUAAACGAACAAAGAAUCAUUCAGCAAAUGUACAUUGUGCCACAGCGAUAAAGGACCCGAAACUAGCACACACACUAACACAGUCUCUUCAUGGUGAUGUUUCUUGCCUUGAUGCCUAGUCUGAUCUCCACCUGCACUAUAGUAGUGAACUCUGCAGAGACCCUGGAAUGUUUGUCUGAUGCUUCCUGCAUGUCAGAAUGACAUAGUAGCAUUGGUAAGAAUGAUGAAGAAUUUAAUAAUGCACAUGUAAUUGAACUGUACUGAUCCAUGAUGUACGCGUUAUGAAUUUAUGAUUUGUGUGAUUUUGGGCUCCAGAAAAUUCUGUUAGGUCAUCUUUAAAGUAUCACUGACACAUUUGGAGUACAUUCUGGUUGUGGCUUUAGUAUUUCCUUCUACACUAAAGGAACUAGCAGUCUGCCUUUCAUCAUCCAAUUUCUUCUGAAACCAUGCCUUUGCUGUGGGUAAUGGCGGGUGGCUUUUGCUGUGACAAAAUUCAGCCUUACAAAUCUGUCCUGUGUUUUAAGUUUCAUCUUUUAAAUACACACCAAAUGUUGCCUAGUGAAUUGCAGUAAAAAAAAAAGGAAGAGGAACAAUACAAUAAUCUGACAGGAGGAAAUGGCAGAUCCAGUCAUAAUGACAUCUGAAAGUGAAGUUCCCUUCCUAUCCUCCCAUGCCAUCGGAUUCCAUUCAUUCACGCUGCCCGUUUUCACGUAGCUCUCCUCCUAAACUCGUGUUUUUAUGCAUUAAAAUUCAGCAUCUGCCUAGUUUUAUUUGAAGUGUUUCAGAAGCUAUGAGAUGCUGUCUUUCUCAGUCUGCCUCCCCAGACCUGUCUCACCACAAGCUGCUUAUAGUGUUAUGAACCCAGGGAAAGCUGCUUGGCCCCAGACUCGGGUAGCCUGUCUGCUUUUGAAGCUGGCUGCCUAUAUUCGCCCGCCUGGGGUUGUUAUCCAUUCUCCCUAGAAAUAUAUCAAUAAUAGAUGUUUUACUCGCACUGAGAGGUGCCUCGGAGAGAGAGGGGGCCUUGACCUCUUGUGGACCCAGCUGUCUGCGUGCUGUCUCAUGUGUUUGUGUUUUUAAAAAAAAAAAAAGAAAGAAAGAAAGAAAUUCCUUUAAUGUUUGUAAAGGCUAAAAUUAAUCCUGACUGUAGAGCUGGUUCAUACAGCCCUCUCCUUGUUUGUGUGUGUUUUGUGUGUAAAAUGAGAAAAACCCGAUUCCAAAUGACUUCUAGGAUACCGUCAAGGAAGGAGACUGGAGGAGGAACUCGACUAAAUGGAGCUGGAUCAAAAAUUUUAACUUUUCACCAAACUAUGUUUUUGCAAUGAUUUCAGAAAAAGUCGACGAAACGUGGCCAGCAAAAACAUAUCGUAUGCCAAAGGGUUUAGAAACCUGUGGAUUGGUGUGUUUCUGGCAGGUGUAGCUUAAAUCACUGGAGGAUUCUUUAUUUCCACCUCAUCUUUUUUUUUUCCCUUUCCACUCUGUCACGUUAAAGUCGAUUUAAGCAGGUCUUCAGCUGAACCGGGUCUGUUUUGACAAACCCAGACACAACGUCUGCGAAACACCUCUGACUCACUGGGACAGCUGGAGCGAACAUGAACUAGAAGAUGGACGAAAUUGAAGUCAAAGGGCAUUAAGUAGGGAUUGGACAGCUGGAAGGAUAUUUUUGGGAGGUGGAGAUUUGCCAUCCUAGUCUGAUUAGGUUAUUUAAGAGGAUUUAUUUUUAGCAGGAUUUGUUUCAAAAUGCACUGGUUAUUAUUUCUGAACCGCAGUAUGAAAACAUUCACAUAUUUCUCUCUUCUCUCUCUCUCUCUCUCUUUUGCUCUCUCUCUCUAAUCACUAUCUAAAGAUAUGAAUGGCACACAAAUUGGAAUAACAGCCACCAUAAAAAUAAAAAAAAGACCAUAAACCUAAUUUUUUUAUGUAUGUAAAUGUAUAUGUAUAUAUAAAUUAGGAAAUGGACAAUUUUGUAAACUGGGAGCCCUUUUUUAUGAAAAAGAGCAGUAUAUAUACAGUAAAUGUGUAAAAUAUGGAAAGUAUUUUUCUUAUUCUUGUACUUUUGUAUGUAUAUUGGAAUCCAGGAGAAGACGUUUCUAUUUCUUUUGCGUGCGAGGAAGCAAACGAAAAUCUGAAGAAAUCUAUGAUUUUUAUUAUAAUCAGAUGGGUGGAGGUGUAUCAUACUGUGAAUGCAAAUAUGCGAAUUUUAAAUUGUUCUAUGGAAAUAAAAGUAUUCAAAACAA